GUGCGAGCCCGGCAAGAUCAAUACACAGUGAAAUGUCGCAAGCUGCACUAAUGCGAGGUGCUAGUGGUUCGUCCCAGUCGUCUAGCACUUCGAUAAACACGCUGGCUCCCAGUCCACAAGAUAAAGGUGCCUGUGGUUCGUUCCAGACACCUAAAACGUCAACAAGGACACCGGCUCCCAGUUCACGAAAUAAAGCGCCUGCAGUUGUCUUUAUCUUCGUAGAUGCCAGUGGUUUUUCAACCGCAUCUCAAACAUUGACAAGGAUGUCGGCUCCCAGUCGAUUAGAUCAAGCACUGCAGGCUAUGCAACACAUGACGCCUAGCACCAGUGCUUCGACCUGCGCUGAUCUGCGGGCCACUGCUAGGAUCUUGAGUGCUGCUGAGUUUCAGCGACGGGUGCUGAAUGGGAUGAGCGUCAUGAGGAGCCAGCAGACGGAGAUAAUGGACAUGAUUUCGACAUUGCUACGAGCGCGUGAGAGUUUCGUUGUAGAGCCCAGCCAGCCGAUCCUCGUUGAUCCCCUCGACACUCCUGAAGCAAUUGAGGUGUUUGAUGGCGCUCUUACAGAUGCCACGAGUGAGGCUUUGGUUGUGGAGCUGACCUCCCUUGGGGACCUGUCUAUCAAAACAACUGUAAGGUCUAUGCUUGCACACCUGAUUAGUGACGAAGCUGCAGCCAAGUUCAGCAUGGAUGGGCGCAAAGGGAAGAAGGUUUUCCGUAGCCUUAAGCUGUACAAAUUGAUCUUUGCUGCUAUAAAGCGGACAAAGCACUGCAAAGAGUCUACGAAAAAAGAGGUGGAAACGGAAGUCAAGGAGUGGCUUCGCCGCGCAAAGGAGAGGUGCACCACUUCUAAGGGAGAGUAGGCAUCUACCUUCAAGUGUGAGAAAGGUGCCUCUGCCCUGGUUCUGAUUGCAAAUAAAAAACUAUUUUGCUGUCUAACAUCCUUGUUUCCUUCUAGCUUACGAAACAUAAGGCCAACUGGCACUGCGACAUCACUACGUAAAAUGUAAUCAAAUGAUUGCAAAAUUACUUUAAAAAGUAGUACACAUGCAUCACAAUUCAUUUGAUUACUUGUAGUCGAGAACAUACAAUACUGUUUUUCUUUUUACCGCACACAGUAUCAGCUUGAAAGGAGCUUACAAUUCUAAGGUUCUAGGCCUCUAUUAAUGGACCUUCGGACAACACUUGAAAAAAAAAAAACGAAUUACCGAUGUGUCCACCUCUUUUUUUUCCCGUCAUACCUAUUGAAUGAUCUUGGAGACCCCAGAAAGCAUCUAUUGCGCCCCUCAAACCCUUAGCAAAUCCUAGAGGGCCCAUCAGACUUUGCAGAAAAUUGUGAUGGGCCCCUAUGGAACUUCAGGAAAUACUGUGAUGGGACCUCUUAAGACCUCAGGAAAUCUUGAAGGGGCCAUCAAAUCUGUCAAAGAAUCUUGGGGG